AUGGAGAAUGUAGAUGUUGAUAAAGGAACUACCGACCAAGAGGCAAAAGGUUUUGGAAUUCGAAAAGGUCCAAACACUCACAACAGAAAUAACGAAAUGACAAGGUGCUUAUUUUUUUGUUCUUGUCAAGGACAAUCUGAUAAACUUUCUCCUUUUCAAGAAAGGAAGCGACAAAGAUUAGAAUAUAGAUGUGGUUGUUUGGCUCGUAUAAAGUUCAAAAUUUCAAAUGGCAUAUGGGAAGUCUGUGAAUUUAGUGAUGAGCACAGUCAUCCCAUGAUUGAAGGCAAUUUAAGGCAUUUCAUACAGUUUGAUCGAAAGCUCACAAGUUCUACUAAAAAUAUUCUUGGUACUAUGAUUGAUGCUGGAAUUCGCACAAAAAAGGCGGUUCGAUACCUUCAAAAUGAAGCAGGUGGGAUUGAAAAUGCAGGAUUUAUUGAGCAAGAUGCACAUAACUUUGUACAAGCACAUAAGAGAAACAUGAUAAAUAGUGGGGAUGCUCAAACUUUGAUAAAUCAUUUUAGGCAUUUGCAUUCAGAGGACUCAAACUUCUUUUAUUCUUUUCAAGUUGAUGAAGAUGGUAGAUUAUGCAACUUCUUUUGGAGAGAUAGUAUAUCCAGAUUGCACUAUGAGUGCUUUGGAGAUGUAAUGAUUUUUGACAUUACAUACCGCACAAAAAGAUAUAACAUGAUUUGUGCUCAAUUUGUUGGUGUUAAUAAUCAUUGGAAAAAUGUUUUUUUUGGAUGUGCCUUCUUGUGUAAUGAAACAACAGACUCUUUUGUUUGGUUGUUUCAAACAUUUUUGAAGGGAAUGGGAGGAAAAGCACCAAAAACAAUUUUUACAGAUCAAGCUCAUGCCAUGGCGGCUGUCAUUAGACAAGUUUUUCCCAACAGCUAUCAUCGAUUGUGUGAAUGGCAUAUUGAUAGAAAUGCUCAAAAGAAUAUACCUCAACUCUAUUGGAAACACGGAUUUCGAAACUAUUUUGAUACUCUCUUAUGGAGAUGCAAGUCAGAAUCAGAAUUUGAGGUGAUAUGGCAAAAUAUGAUAUGUGAUUGGAAUUGUGCAGUUAAUUCUUGGCUUCAAAAGCUAUAUGAUUUAAGAAAGAAAUGGUGCCCUGCAUUUAGUCGUUCCAUUUUCUCUGCGGACAUUAAAUCAACUCAAAGAAGUGAAAGCACAAAUAGGGUCUUCACAGAAAUGGCAUGCAAGACAAUAAGUAUAACUGAAUUUGUAAAGCAUUAUGAGCAACAGACAACUGAAAUGUGUGACACCGAAGCAACUGAAGAUUACAAAUGUCAAGGAAAGCUAAAACUUUUCAUAGAAGACUGUGGGAUCUUAAAGCAUGCUGGUAGUGUGUACUCAAGAAGAAUUUUUACAAGAUGGACUAAAAAUGCCAAGCAUAAGUGUGGAUUUGAGGAGUACACAGAAAAAAAAAAGACGUUGAAGUCGUCCAUGACAAUUCGCUUAAAUGGAUUGAUGAAAGUGUCGUUUACUGUUAUGACUUUAGCAGCAAAUGAUGUGGACUCCGAGGAAAUUGCCAGAAAAUAUUUGUAUCUGACAAAGGUCGAAAUUAUUAAACAUCAAAGUGAAUUGUAUGUUCAAAAUCAUGAGAAGAAUAGGAGCAAAUUCAACUCCUUUAAUGAUUCUGUUUCAGGGUGUAAGGAUCAAAUUUUGGAUCCAAUUAAGAAAAAAGACAAAGGAAAUGGAUAUGGAAGAAUGAAGUCAAAAAAUGAGCAGAGGGAAAAAAAACAUCACAGAGAACAUUGA